AUGGUGGCCGCCAAUUUUCUGCUGGACGACAAGUCUCCCCUCAUUCUGUACGGAGAGCAGUUCUUGACCUCGCCGGGGAACGACUAUCUCGCUGCUUCGUACUACCUCGGCACGUACACAGUGACCGACGUCAACGGGACCUCCCUGACAUGGAGCUUCAACGGGACCGCGUUCGCGAUCUACGGCGUCCGCUCUGCGAACCACGGCGCGUACGCCUACAGCAUAGACGGCGGCGCCCCGCAGGCGAUGACGGGCGACACGACGGACCUGCUGUUCCAACAACCGCUCGUGCAGAUUUCUGGAUUGCAGCAGGGCACACACACGGUCGAGCUUACGAAUCUGGGCACGGGGAAUGCGUCGUAUCUGGAUGUGGAUAUGAUCACCUUUCAGUCUGAUAUCGGUGGCGAUGAGCAGCUUGUUAGCAGCGUUAUACAGGACUGGGACUCGCGGUUUCAGUAUAGUUCUGGUUGGGAUACUAACCCCAUGAACGUUUCUUUGUUUAAUAAUGCUUCGGGGCAUGUUACAACGGGAAACGAACAUGUUAGCCUUUCGUUCACAGGAAAGUUAUAUCGGGUUCCUCGCGAUUUUCGUCAUUCUGAUUGGCAUAUAGGCGUCGCAGUCUCCCUGUACGGCUCUGUCGGGCCGAACAAUGGUCAAUACCAAGUACAGCUAGACGGUGCAAGUCCUCAACUGUUCAAUGGCACGUCGUGGGACACUUUUACUCAAGUCAUGCUGUACCAAGCCAAUGACAUUGGCGACAGUCAGCACGAAAUCACAGUGUAUAAUGCGCCGGAAGGGGAUCAGAACACUUUGGCAGUAGACUUUGCAGAGGUUCUUUCGUACAUCAGUUCUACUAACGAUUCGGCUGUCUGCGCUGCUGGAGCGCUACCUUCGAGUUCGUCAACCUCUCAAAAAGGUCUUAUUGCUGGCUUGGUGGUGACCACUAUCACCGCCCUCCUCGGAAUCAUAUCUGCGCUCUACCUUCUCCGCGCAAACCGAAAGCUCAAGCAGUUCCAGAAACUCACAACUUUGGCAACGCAGGAGCACGGAAACCAUAUGGGCCCCUUCUUCAGGAGCGAUUCUGUCUCUAGCGCGCCGGGGGCAUACAUACCCGCCAGCGCAGCCGUCGUACCAUCGGUAGCAACGGGCUCAGGAAUGGAGCACCCAAGUAGCUCGGGUCCGUACGAUGCAGAAAUGUCCUUGAAUCAUACCGGAAACACGCCUCCGCUGUCGCCGUCUGAUGCACGACGGCGGCCUUUGCCUGUGCCAUCCACCACGCCAGGUUUCAAUGUGGCUCUUGCGGAUGCGCCUCCUUUGUACCAUUGA